GAUCAAGUUGUCCUUGCCUUCUUACUCUAACGACCCCGCAGAUGCUGCCGUUCAUUGGCAAACGACUGUAACACGCCCUCUCUUCUUGUCUUCUAAAUUUCGUUGGUGUGCGGCGGGUGAUGUCUGAUCAAGUAUAUCCUGGAGUAACGUCGAGCGUCGACUUGCAUUCGAUACACACGAAUGCCGACGAGGGGCGAAGCAACACUGUACGGUCAGUAAUGGCUCUUCGCAGCCCUACUAAACAAAACCGUAGCCCUAUCCUUCGCCGGUUAACCUCACUGGGCUCCGGUAUUAUUCUCGACAUCCGCGCCCGAGCACCCUAUUUCGUGAGCGACUGGACCGAUGCUUGGAAUUAUAGAGUAAUCCCCGCUACGGCAUUGAUAUUUUUUGCCAACGUUCUUCCUGGAAUUGCUUUCUCUCUAGACCUUAUAGAGACCACUGGACAAUACGGCGUCGCCGAAGUACUCAUCUCGUCCUUCAUGGCUGCAUUCAUCUUUUCUGUUUUCGGCGCUCAACCUCUCACGAUUGCGGGCGUCACAGGUCCCAUCACGGUGUUCAACAGGACUAUUUAUGACAUUAUAGAAAGACAGACCGACGCUCCUGUAUACCUUCAUUUCAUCGGCUGGGUUUAUCUGUGGGCAGCCAUCAUCCAUUGGAUCACUGCGAUUUUAAAUUGGUGCAACUUCCUCAAAUACGUUACCCUGUUUUCCUGCGAUACCUUUGGGUUUUAUGUCUCUUGGGUGUACCUCCAAUAUGGCAUACAGGUCAUCACGAGACAGUUCAAAGAUAGCACCUCGUCCUCUCUGCAAGGGACCUUCGUCUCUAUCAUCCUUGCUAUUCUCAUGCUCGUAGUAUCUUUCUUGUUCCAGUCGCUUUCCGGAAAGACAUUGUUUCAUCGCCGCGUUCGACGUUUCUUGGCGGACUAUGGCAUGCCUAUUUCUUUGGUUGCGACUUCUGCUAUGGCAUACUGGGGCAGGUUCAACUCUGCCAACCCGUUGACCCUCCCCGUCAAUGGCGCGUUCGAAGCCGCCGGCGGGAGAGAGUGGCUCGUAAAAUUCUGGCAGCUGGAGGGAAAAUGGGUAGGCGUCGCGUUCCCAUUUGGAAUUGUACUUUGGGUCUUGUUCUUUUUUGACCACAAUGUUUCGUCUCUCAUGGCGCAAGGCUCCGAAUUUCCCCUUCGCAAACCCCCUGGUUUUCACUAUGAUUUCUUCCUGCUCGGCGUCACGACGUUCAUCGCUGGACUCAUCGGUGUUCCAGCUCCGAAUGGGUUGAUACCUCAGGCUCCCAUUCAUACAACGUCGCUGAUAGUGAUGGGACUGCCGGUAAAGAGGGCCGAUGAAGAGGAGCCUUACAACGAGAAGAAUCAAGCAUCUUCUAAUGCGAUUGAAGUGCCUGUCGCCGUUGUGGAGCAGCGAGUAUCUAAUCUUGCUCAAGGCACCUUGUGUCUUGUUAUGCUCACAGGCCCGUUCCUUCAUGUAUUGAAUCUCAUUCCUCGAGGUGUUCUUGCCGGACUUUUCUGGUUCAUGGGUGCAGACGCCCUUCGGGGAAAUGGUAUUACACAAAAGAUCAUCUACUUCCUCCGGGACAAGACGUUAACUUCUCAAUCCGAUCCUUUGUGCAAAGUUCGGAAAUCCCGCAUCCUCAUGUUUAUUGUCAUCCAACUCGGUAGUUUUGGAGCAACGUUUGCGAUAACGCAAACAGUAGCUGCCAUCGGAUUUCCGGUGAUCAUCAUGCUGCUCAUUCCACUGCGCACGCUGGUCAUGUCGCGAUUAUCAUUUACAAAUGAAGAGCUAGCCAUUUUAGAUGGCUCGACGGCAUCUCCGUUCACUAUGGAAUCUGUUGGGGGCUCGAUCUGAAAUCUGAAUAGUGAUAUAGAACGCUAUGCACCAGGACAUUUACAAUACAUUACUCGCGUACAACUAUUUUGAGUGCUUGGUGAGAUCUCUCGCCGCAGGUCCUUUUGGAUCUCGGCAAUACGUUGCCUCUAGACUCUAGACUCGCUCCAGACUGUUCUGACGUCAUUGUCUGAUACUGGAUUUCAAUUUGCACAGUUU